AUGAGUGACUACUCGCCCGCCCCAGACCCUACAACAAGCGAAGCCCCUCCACCAACUUCUACCACGGAACCGGAACCAGAACCAACCACCACUGAGGAGCCGACAACCAGCGAACCUCAGCCAACCUCAAGCCCUGAGCCCACGACUACCGAUACGCCUCCUCCAACCUCUAGUGAUCCAGAACCUACUACGAGCUCACCGGAGCCGACUACUACGCCCCCUCCAGACACUUCUUCAGACAAUCCGCCUACAUCAUCUGACAGUGGUGGAGAACCCAUCACUACUACGGUAACUACUACUGAUGAAGCCCCACCUACUACAACAGAUAAUAAUACUCCUUCUCCUGCCCCAACCACUACUGCUGAUAAUACUACUACCACCACUACACCGCCAUCACCGUCACCGUCACUUUCAUCAUCAUCGGAACAGUCUCCUAGCCAAAGCGAGCAGCCGCAGCCCUCUUCUUCUGAAGUCCAUGUGACUACCGUUACUAGCUCUGGAACCAAUGUAUACACCAUCACAUCCACAUCUUACACGCCUAUUAGCCCAACUGAAACUAGCCAAGGGAGUGAUUCUGGAGAGAACCAAACCAAUGCUGGUGCUAUAGCCGGCGGUGUCGUUGGUGGAGUAGUCGGUCUGGGCAUUUUAGCGGCACUCGUGUUCUUCCUUCUCCGAAGACGACGAAAGCAACAAAAGAAGAACGGAUUCGGCGAAGAUCUCGAUGACCCCUAUGCCAAUUACCCAGAUAUGGCAGCGGCCCGAUCCAUGUCUCCCGGCAGCAGCAGCGGUGCUGCAUCGAGCAACGCACGUCCACUGGUUGCACCAUUACGGCCGGUCAGCAAGAUCGGUGAGGAAGAUCCGAACGUAAACUACGCGCCUUAUCGGGAACCUUCGCCUGGCGGUGCUUACUACGAGGACACAUCGCCACAAACAUCGGCUCGGUACUCAUCACCAUCUACCGGCGUGCCAUAUUAUCCCAGCGCGUUACAAGAGGAAUACAGUGGCUAUCCGCAGCACCAGCAAGGAGGAUACUGGCCAGAAGGCUCAAGCGAUGGAGGCGAUCGCCAUGUGCCUCAUCUCGUAGAAGGCCAGCAGAAUGAUGUACCGCAUUCUCGAGCCUGA